GGCGCCUUUUGUAACGCGCGGGUACCAGAUAUCAAAUGUGAUCAAGUUGUGCAAAAUGCAGAACCAACAAGUUCCAACAAACCAACACCUAACCCAAUUCAGUGGCCCCGUGGUACUGUGACACUGUGUUUCACAACAAGAUGAAUAACAAAGGCUUAUUUCUAUAUUUAAGUUUUGAUGUCAGCUGUGCCACACCUGUAGGUGAUUUGUAGUUGGUGCACUAAGGUUCCGGGGAUGUUUGGCUCUUGUCUUCCGUAUUUUUACUUCUUCUUAUUCCGACUAGUCAUUCCGACAAGAACACUCGGUGUUCCGCAUUAAGCAAUGUCUCGAAAAUAUUUCAUAAUCAUUGGUGCAGCUAUUGUCUCAUGCCUUCUUUUAGCUUUCGGUUCUUCGUAUAGUUCUAUCGGUUCCAGUCCACUGAACUUGAAAUCGCCAGACAACAUAAAGCCGCCAGCCGAGUCUCAAUCUUCACUUCCCCCGGGUUUCCCCAAGAAGAUUUGGCAGAGCUGGAAAGAUGAUUCCGACGACCCAACUGACCGAACUGUUGGCUUCCCGCACCAAUGGCGUGUCGUAAACCCUCAGCACCGAUAUGAACGUAUCACCGACGCCAACGGCGAAACCUUCGUUGCAGACCGGCUCCCUUUGGCUAUUGCGGAUCUGUUUGCUAAUUUCACUGAUCCUAUCCUAAGGGCCGACUUCUUGCGGUAUUGUGUGAUGCUUGUCGAGGGCGGCGUAUGGGCUGAUAUUGAUGUCUUGCCUCACCGUCCUAUCUCUGAAUGGGUUCCUCGGCAAUACCUGGAUAAGGCGAAUCUCGUCGUAGGGAUUGAAAACGAUCACCACAAAAGGCCCAUCUGGCGAGGUUCUCCGUAUUCUGUUCAACUUGCUCAGUAUACGAUCUUGGCGAAGCCCCACCACCCGGCUAUAGCUAAACUAGUGGACCGAGUCAAAGAGAAUCUCGAGAAGCUGUUUCAAUCGAAGAAGCCCGGAGGAACCGUCACCUUCGAGGAUGUUAUGGCGACAACGGGUCCGUUCGCAUUCACCGAGGUUCUAAUGGACUAUUUCACGAAUGCUACAGGUAUCAAGCACACUGGAGACGAACUCGACAGUCUCAGAGAGCCAAAGCUCAUUGGAGAUGUAUUGGUACUGCCUAAGGAUUCUUUCGGCUGGCUACCGCAAGAGCAUUAUCUCGAAGAGGGGGAUCCCGGCAUUCUAGUUGAGCAUCUGUUUAUAGCAUCCUGGCGUGGAAGCCAUCCAGGUUAACGACGUACGAAUCUAGGAUGACUCUAUAUGUUCCCAUGGUGCACAAGUCACUUUGGCUUGCAUGAUUAUGUGUAUAUACUCCAGGCAAGUUUCACCGCGGGUUCACACACCGCUUGGCUAUAUAGGGAUUAUGCGACGAUGUUUCGUACACAACAGGAUUUGUACUAUAGUGCGAAACUGGGUGGAAUCUAGGCUGCUAUGGACAGCUAUUUUCCAGGUGGCUCACGAUUGCGUAACGUUUGUGAAAUUAGAGGGGCUCGGCAAGAUAUGUCGAGGAGCACAUCAUAUCAAUAAAUACAAAUAUUUCUCGAAAACUUCACCAGUUGCACCG